AUGAGCAGCCCCCGCUGGCCGGCGGCGACGCCGCCGCUGGAAGACGAGGAUCUGCUCACCGAGAUCCUCCUCCGCCUCCCCCCGCAGCCCUCCUCCCUCCCGCGCGCCUCCCUCGUCUGCCGUCAAUGGUGCUGCCUCAUCUCCGACCCACGAUUCGUCCGUCGGUUCCGCCGCCGCUACCGCCGCAACCCUCCCCUCGUCGGUUUCUUCGACAUGGGUCCUCGCAGCCUCUACUUCGUACCCACACUGGAGGACCCCAACCGUGUCCCGCCCGAGCGCUUCGCCUUGCAGUUCGAGGACGGCGACCAAUUCAUGCCCCUCGGAUCCCGCCAUGGCCUCGUGUUCGUCAUCCACCUGACGUGGAGCCGGGUCCUGGUGUGGGAUCCGGUCACCGCCGACCAGCACCUCAUCGCCCUCCCCCCUGGCUUAAUGGGACAUCUGAACAGGAUCAUGGUCCACGGGGCCGUGCUUCGUGCUGCCGGAGAGGCCCAGCAUUUCCAGGUGGUUUUGAUGGUGGCAGAUGAUGAUUAUGACAUGCAGGACAGGCAAAUGCUGGCCUGCGUUUACUCGUCGAAGACCGGCGUGUGGGGUGAUAUCAUCUCAGCGCCGCUUCCGCCCAAGGUUCCUAUCGGCAGCUGGCCCCUCAUGGUUUCUCCGUCCAAGGAAGCUGUGCUGGUUGAUAAUUCCCUUCACUGGAUGCUUUUUGGGAGCUUAGUUGGAAUUCUCGAGUUUGAUCUGUUGAAGCAGAGCAUAGCCGUGAUACCGACACCAGUGGGUGUGGUUUCCUCCCACGGCAGACAUGAAUUGACGGUUGUACGGGCAAAGGGCGGUGGCCUUGGUUUUCUCAUCGUGAUAGACUUCUGCGCACAAUCAUGGAGGAGAAAGACCGAUUGUCAUGGUGUUGCUUCAUGGGAGCUGGAAAGAACUAUCGAACUGGACAAGCUACUUCCCCUGAAUCCAGAGAUGAGAGCACACUUAUACAUAGUAGGGUUUGCUGAGGAGAAUAAUGUGGUGUUCAUGUGGACAUCAGUUAUCGGUCUCUUCCUGAUUCAUCUUGAGUCAUUGCAGUUCAAGAAAAUUCCCCAUCCCAGCAUGCUUGCCCGUUAUCUUCCAUUUGAAAGUGUCUUUAUUGCAGAAACAUGUGUUGGUGGUGGACAUGAUGGAGCUGUUGCUGGUGGACAGGACCGAGGUGAGCUUUUGCUCAAUACCUCUAUUUGUUAA